AUGGGUGCUCAAGGCCUGGUACUCCUCAAGCUGGGCAGCGACGCUCGCAAGCUGCUGUCUGCCAUGACCACCGCCAGACGAACCUUCCGCCUGGGUCGAGAGCUACCAGUGCUUCUUUCAGUGCCUGAUGUGCUUCGGAGACAGCAGCUGUCAGAUCGAGUGCUGGAGCUGGCGCAGAAGGUGGCACUUGUGAUGUACUUUCUCGUGGACCACAUCGGCUGGCUGAAGCAGGUACGCAGCGGUGCGAAGAGCGGCUCCAAGACCAUCCAGCUGGGGCUGAAGUGGCUGGCAAUAUCCAGCCUCAUCUCGAUGCUGCUGGGUCGCAGGUUCUGGAGGGGCGCCGCAUGGGGCUUGGAGACUUGA